UCGGCCUUUUUCUUGUUUUGUUCUGAGUAUCGCCCAAAAAUCAAAGGGGAGCAUCCCGGCCUGUCCAUUGGUGAUGUUGCAAAGAAGCUGGGAGAGAUGUGGAAUAACACUGCUGCAGAUGACAAGCAGCCUUAUGAGAAGAAGGCUGCUAAGCUGAAGGAAAAAUAUGAAAAGGAUAUCGCUGCAUACCGAGCUAAAGGAAAGCCUGAUGCAGCAAAAAAGGGAGUUGUCAAGGCUGAGAAGAGCAAGAAAAAGAAGGAAGAGGAGGAAGAUGAGGAAGACGAAGAGGAUGAGGAGGAGGAGGAAGACGAAGAAGAUGAA